AUGGCUAUGAACAAGAAGGUGGUGGUGUUCAUCAUGGGAGCCACCGGAUCGGGAAAGUCGAAGCUAUCUGUCAGCCUAGCCGCCCACAUUGGAGGAGAGAUAAUCAACUCCGACAAGAUUCAGGUUUACAGAGGGCUUGACGUUCUGGGUAACAAGAUUCCUGAGAUCGAGAAGCUUGGCGUGCCUCAUCAUUUGCUUAGGCAUGUUGGGAACCCCGAUGAAGAAUACACUGCCCGCGACUUUUGCUUCCAGGCCACGUCGGUGAUUGAGCGAAUCAUCAACUCCGGCAAGGUUCCGAUCGUCGUCGGAGGGUCAAAUUCUUUCAUUGAAGCCCUGGUGGAGGACCCUGACUUCAAGUUCAAGUCCAACUACCAGGGCUGCUUCAUUUGGCUUGAUGUUUCUCCAAAUGUUUGA